AUGAAGCUCUUGACUCUUUUUUGUGCAACCGUCUUGGCUGCUGCGCCACAGCCGUAUGGUCCGGAAGUGACACAUGCCGCAAAUAGAAGAUUUUCCCAACUAGAUGGAAUUUCGAACAAGACUAAUGCUGAUCUCACAUUGAAUUGGUCCGGUGCAGUACUGAAUGCUCCCCCGUCAGGAACCACUUUCACCUCCGUUUCAGCAGAAUUCAGCGUGCCAACUCCCAAACCGGCCAAUGGCCGCGCCGGUUCUUCAUCCGUCUGGGUUGGCAUUGAUGGCAGUACGUAUCCAAACGCGAUUCUUCAGACUGGUGUCUACUUAAGUGUCACUUCCAAUGGGUCUGCCUCAUUUGGUGCCUGGUACAUGUAUGAGUGGUAUCCUGACUAUGCUGGCGGAUUCUCGGGUAUCAGUAUCAAUGCAGGUGAUAGAAUUUCUCUUUGUGUCGUGUCUACUUCUCCUGGUUCUGGAACUGUGACAAUUGAAAAUUUAACGAACGGUCAGAAAGCGAGCCAAAGCCUUACCGCGCCUGACUCGUCCUCCACUCUUAAUGGACAAAAUGCGGAGUGGAUUGUGGAAGAUUACGAAGAAGGAAGCCACUUAGUUGUCCUUGACAAUUUUGGCAUUGUCACGUUUAACAAUGCGUCCGUUGGUCUGUCGAACGGCAGCUCUCUUGAAACUGAAGGUGCAGAGAUUAUGAACAUGCUACAGUGUUUCCGGAAACUGGUUCCACGUGGCAUCCAUCCCUCCCCUGCCUGGAUAAUACAAAUCUCCAAGAACAACCAACCUUGGCAGUCGAUCAACAUUCGUGUAACAGGAAUGGCUCCUAAUCUAGCUCGAUCAACGCUUGAUUUAAUUCAUGAUAUGUUGGUCAGCGGUGAGCUAACUACUUCCCAAAUGGCGGAAGCUGCUGGAUGCAGUAAACGCGCAAUUAUUCGACUUCGCUCAAACCUUCAAUUAUUCGGUAGUCUUAAAGCGCCUGAAGUUAAGGGCGGACGGCCGCGGAAAAUUACACCGGUAAUGCUGGAAGCGCUCUGUGAUCAUUUACUUGAAAAGCCAGAUUUAUACAUCCAUGAAAUGGAACUAUUUAUGCUAGAUGAAUUCGAUAUGCGUGUACCGAAAUCCACGAUCAGUGAUGCACUUCACCAUAAAGGGUGGUCAAAAAAGGUUGCCCGACAACAAGCAAGAGAACGAAAUGCUGAUUUACGAGAUGAGUAUAUGCAUUAUAUCUCAGACUUCUGUUCGUAUCACCUAGUGUAUGUUGAUGAGUCCGGAUGUGAUAAACGGAUAGGCUUCCGAAGGACAGGGUGGUCUCCAAGUGGUACAACACCAAUCCAGGUGUCUAGAUGCCAUCGAGAUCAGCGUUAUCAAAUACUUCCCGCUUACUCUCAGGACGGAAUUGUACUGUCGCGUGUGUUCCAAGGUUCAACUGAUGCACCAUUCUUCGAGGACUUUAUUGAGGAACUCUUGCAGCACUGUGGAAAAUGGCCGGAGCCUAAAUCGGUUCUCAUCAUGGACAAUGCAUCUUUUCAUCACUCCGAACGAAUCGAGCAAAUGUGUUCGGGAAAAGGCGUCAAACUAGUGUAUUUACCACCGUAUUCACCGGAUCUAAACCCAAUCGAGGAGUUUUUCGCCGAGUUGAAAGCCUUUAUUCGACGGCACUGGCAGUCAUACAAAGAUAGCCCUGGGCAAGGAUUUGACACUUACCUUGAGUGGUGUGUUGAUACGGUCGGGGCACGAGAGGAAAGCGCGAAGGGGCAUUUUCGGCACGCAGGACUGAAUAUUGAGUGUCAUAAUACAGGGCUGUAA